UCACCGUGUCAUGUCUGCUGGCUGAACAGCUUUGCAAAGACGGAAACCGUUUUGCUCCAUUCAUUUGUAACGGAGAUUUUUUUAGACGCUCAGACACAAACUUUUGUGGGACUAGUCUGAAAGAUGCUGACGCGAGUGAACUUUUGGUGAUAAUGGAGACGCACCUGUUGCAGUUCGUGGACCGGGUCCGGUGUCUGUCCGACAAUGACAGCAGAAGAGAACAACUUAUCUCCACCGAGUUCAGCUUGGUACGACAGAGAAGUGCAUCAAUGAAAGAUGAUUAUAAACUGACCACUGAGGCAGGAAGAAGCAAAGAAAACAUGAAGAAAAACCGCUAUAGGGAUAUUCUGCCCUAUGAUCAAACCAGAGUAUGUCUGACUCCUACCACAUCUGAAUAUGAGUCUGAUUACAUUAAUGCCAGCUUUAUCAAGGGUGCCGCUGGGAACAGAACGUACAUCGCCACUCAAGGCCCUCUGAGCAGCACUGUGGUUGACUUCUGGCGUAUGAUCUGGCAACACAAUAUUAAGGUCAUAAUCAUGGCAUGUAGAGAAAUCGAGUUGGGAAAGAAAAAAUGUGAGGUCUACUGGGCAUCAACCAAAGAAACAACCACUUUUGGUCCCUUCACUAUUUCAUCUUUUGAGGAGUCUCGACCAAAUGAGGAAGUCGUUGUUCGGAUGCUGACGGUAAAAUAUUGUGAUGAAAUUCGCGAAGUAUCUCAGUUCCAGUACAUGGCGUGGCCGGAUCACGGAAUUCCAAACAUGCCGGAUGGUAUUUUGGGCAUGAUGGAGCAGGCACGGCAAAAACAGUGCAACCAUGCGGACCCUAUAGUUAUCCACUGCAGUGCUGGCUGUGGAAGAACAGGGGUGAUCUGUGCCAUCGACUAUGUCAACGAUCUACUUCUUACACAGCAAAUAAAGAAAGAUUUUAAUAUCUUGGACCUGGUGUUAGAGCUUAGAAGACAGAGACCUUCAGCUGUGCAGACUAAGGAGCAGUAUGGAUUUGUCUUUCAUACGGUUGCUCAGAUGUUUCAGAAGAUCUUGCAAUCUCAACAAAAUGAUACCAAGACCUCAGACUCUCUGGACAUCAGUGCAGUCCCUCCAAAGCUGCCACUGAAAUCAGGAUUGUUUGGCAGUAUUGGCACACCUCCGAAUACAAGAAAUCCCCCUCUCAAGCCCCGGCUUUCUCAUCCUCUACCUCAGACCAGAAUGAAUGACACUUAUGCUGUCGUCAACAAGCCCAAGCUACAGCUGCCCACCUCCACCCCCCCUUCAGUCACUGUUCAUCACUAUGACAAUGCUAAUUUAGAGAAAACCAACACCAAUGAUCUCUACAGCACAGUCAAACCUAAAAACAGACCUGUAUCUUGUAUGCCCCCUUCAACCACACCUGUGUAUAAUAGAGCAACAGCCAAUCAGAGAGGGGUGGGUCCUAAAGGGGCAGACUAUGAAGGUUAUGAGAUAUUGCCAGGGGAGUUGAGGUCAUUGAAUCGAGACACACAGCCACAAACUCAUCUUUCAAGAACCACAAGUAAACCUGAAAUGCCCACAGGCCAGUCCUCUACAGAUGAUGAUGAUUAUGAAUAUGUGUCGAACCCGAUCAAGGACACCAGCAGCCUGUUUGCCCCUGGCAGUCUAGGUUUUAACUGUCGCGUAAAGAAACCCAAAGGCCCUCGAGAUCCACCGGCCGAAUGGAGUCGAGCAGAAAGAUGAAACAGCGACAGGUUUUAAGGUUUAAAAAAAAUCAAUGCAAGCUAGCUUUGCCUGAUCACAGCCAGAUCUUGUAGAGAUGCAGCUAUUUUUACACUGUUUAAUAAAUUUGUUUAUUCAUUUUCUUUGUUCUGGGUUUUGGAUGUCUUGCCUCUAAAAUAUAUACAGUAUGAAUAUACACCACAAAUUAUGUUUGUUUUCUGUGUUUUUGUUAAUAUAAUUGUUUUAUUUACUGUAAGAAUGUAUAAUUGACUCAUUUUAUUAGAGUGUAUAUUUCUUGAUUAUUGAUUUUUGCAAUGCAAAUAGUUUAAGUGUGAAUGCUUGUGUGAGAAUUAUAUUUUAUUGGGGUUUUUUUGUUGUCUUUUUCAGAAUUACAUUCUGAACAACGAAUAGGCGUCAUUGACAUCUAAAUGUAGGCAAUUAUGUGUUCAAAUAUAUUCAUCUGAUGUCAGAAAGUUGCUGAAGUAUGGAUAGUGAAGUCAUUUUACAGCUUAUUUUCAUUAAAUAGUCUUUUUGGACUGAGUUUUAAGCAAACAUUUAAUUUCAAACGUCAAGGAAAAUGUGAGUGCUCAUUGUAUGACCCCAUUAAAUCAAAAGCUUAUGUGAUAAGAUGUGAAAUGUGUUGUUGAGAUAUAAUAUUAUUGCCAGUAGAGGGCAGUGUUGAGGUGUAAUUUCCCUUUUUGGACUGGACAUAUUACUCAGUUCAUUAUUUAAAAUAAAGUUAUUU